AUGGAUCCGUCUGCCAGCCUCGAGCUAGCAAACAACCCAAGUCCGAUGCAAGCUGAACACUCAGUCGAGGAUCCGCUGGACAAAUCGGAUCCGCCUGAUACCUCGGAAGUAGCCCAAGAACUUCUUGUUCUUUGGGUGAAAUCGAUUACCUUGAUGCCUACUUUGAGUGAAACCAAUGACUUUGAUGCCUCAGAAGCUGCGCAAGUUGCGCAAGGGCAAACCGUCAUGCCUGAGUCACAAAACGAUCCCAACCCGACACCAGCAGGUCCUACUGUGGAGGGCCCUCUGGAUGAUGUGGACCAGUAUAAUACCACUGAAGCCAUACAAGAGCAGACGGUUGUGUACGGGCCAAGAAUGAUGGAAAGUCAGUCUAUGGCGGUAGAUGAUAAUCCGAACACGCCCGCGUCUCGCAGGCCACAUAUUGGGGGCGAUGCUACAAUGCAGCCACCGGAAACCCAACACCAAUAUGUUCCGGAGCUGGGGCCUCCAGAAGAAGAGAGGCUUCUGGCAGCAAAGAUGGAUGACAGCUCGGUCUCGGUCUCUUCGAGGCAGGGUUUCUUCUGA